UCGCGACGUCGCCGGCUCCCCGCCCCGCACUCGUCUUGCCACCCCUCACCCCCCCCGCGCGCCAGUCGCACUGUCCCUUCAUACUAAAUAUGUACCCCUCUUGCUCUUGCAUCUCAAGAUUUUAUUAACUUAGUUUCGAGAUUUUUCCAACGCGUUAUUGCGCGGUUAUUGUUUUGUUGCAUAUUAAGUGAGCUUAUUGAGUAAAAAAUCACGCAGCUUCCACAUUCUUUCGUUUAGCUCUAUUCCUAUCAUAUUCAAGUUAUUCUUUAAAACAAACUUUCAGUAAAUUAAAAAACAAAAACAAUGUGUAACUAAAUCGCGUGAUUGAGGAGACAUGUCUGAGGAACAUGACGUGGAAUGUCCUAUGGAAGACGAGAAACAGACGGACGAGAGCGAGGAAAAAGUGGUCGAAAAUGACGAAGUAGGCGACAAAACAGUUGAUGAGAAUGCCGAAGACUGUCGAACGACGGUUAAUACCGAAGAACCAAGUGCCAACACUUCCAAAGAUGACAGUGCCAUAGAUGUCAUAGACAAAGAAACGCUGAGUAGCGAGGUGGACGAAAAGAAGGAUGUAUACGGUGCCAACGAGAGAACGUCGCCGUCGUUGACCUGGACGGCGGAGGGCAACGAGUUCAAGAUAUCCUGGAACCUGCCGGAAGGAACUGCUACGGAGUUCGACUACAUCGCACUAUGCUGCAUAGAGUCUGCAGACUCGGGCUCCGUCGUCGGGCGCGUGCCGGCUACCGGAUGCGCCAGCGGCGACAUAAUGUGGCUUCUUGACGAGCCUAAUCAACCUUAUGAAGACUGUGAACAACUACUAUGCUUCCGCUACUACAAUGGAGAGGGCGAGGAGUGCGCGGCAGAGUCUUCAGCACUCCCCCCUCGGUUCAAGGUGGACCUCAAGAAACUCCCCCUCCGGCUCAAGGAGGGCAUGUCGAGGAAGCGCAGCGGCGACCAGGUCUCGCCCUUCUCAUACAACAACGAGAGCUUCGAGAUGAACUCGGAGAACCCUCCCCGCAUCGAGUUCGUGCCCGGCACCAGUCACGACAUCAAACAUCUCAGCGAGAACGUCAACAAAUGCUCAAUUAGUGCUUUAGAAAGUAACGGGAACAAUCUCGAACAAACAAAAUGUGAUCCUAGUAAAUCUCUAGUUAAUAAUUUAAGCCAAGAAUCUCAAAAUGUAAAUAGUGAAUCUCGAAGUGCAACAGACUGCAAACCCACGUCGUCAGGAGUGAAGAAGAAGUGUCCUCCACCGGUAGACACCGGUGGCGGUCAGGCAAUCAAUGGCGUCAAAAAGAAAUCAAUAGCUAAUAGCGGCUUUGACUCACCCACUUCUCCGGGCACCGAGUAUUAUAAAAUAUGGUCACCAAAGAAUCCUUGCAAAAUAAUGAAGUUCGUAUACGACGUAGAGAGUGCGAAUGUGCCCAGUGAAGCAGAAAAGUCACCGGUACCGCCCCUGCCGCCGAGACAAUCACACAAGCCGCUCGAGAGAAUGCACGCGUUGCCCCCGCCACAGGUACCCAGACAUAGAAAGCCAAAAAAAUUAACUAAACCCGAAGACGCGUUCAACUUUGAAUUGAUAGACACGGAUGAACAAUUCUUCACUGACAAUAACAUUACAAACUCGGCCGCUUUGCAAGGAGAAUUAAAUGAUUUCAAACCAGGAGAGUUUUAUUCUGGUAAUCAGGUAGCUACGUCGUCUACGGCGAGUUUUUGGCGAGGUGGCCAAAAUGUAGCGCCCUUAGCGACGCCUGAAACUGACGGCAGCUUAUGUGAAUCCACAAUUUCGUCGAUGAAAUUAUCUAGGUUAAACGAGGAGAAGAGAUCUAAAGAUGUACCUGAUGGCGCCCCGAGCGUAAGUAGGAAUAAGAUAUUGUUUAUAAAAGAUAUAGGUCCCGAUAAUUAUAUUACUACAACAUUCGCACGGAAAGACAAACCGAGUCCUCCCAAAGAUGUAGUCGAUGGAGUGAAUCGAACGCCAAAUCAUGCCAAGUCUGAAGAAAAAGCGCAACACACGUUUUUAAAUGAUAUUAGUAAUCAUUCCGAGUUUGAGGAUGACAAUAGGAAUCAGAUCGAAGAGAAAGAAAUUAUAUUAAAGGGUCAUAAACCAUUAACGAGGCAGAACUCUGGCCGCGCUACGCCGACUAUGAUGACGGCGUUUCUAAAUUCAUCACACGUGGAUCCUCCAACAAGAGAGACAGAUAACAACAGUUCGAAUGGUCAGAGCUCCUGCAACUCCUCGCAAUCGACGUCACCAGUCGAUGAGUCAAAUAAAAUGAUGCCGAGCGUGGGAACUAUGAUGAUGAACCGCAAGUAUUCCUGUGAUUCAUCAACACCGAAGCAUUCGAGCUUACCGAGGCAUUUGAUAAAGACUCUCGGCUGUGAGGGGACUCCGAAGCACUCGCCGAGCAAGACCCCGAACAAUGUUGAGAGUCCUGUGCGGCCACAUCCGAGGGUGCUGACUAGAGUGGCGGCGUUAGCUGGUGGGGCGGUGCCGCAGUGCCCGCCCACGCCGACACAUCACGCAAGAAGACCGAGGCCACUCCCUCCUCCCGACCUACACCCUCCCCCCGUACAAAAUUCAGAAGGACGAUUACACGAAAACUUUGAAAUGGUUGAGUUCACGAAUGAACUGAGAACAUCAGAGAUUAGGUCGCCAAACAUGGAGUUUGUAAACAGCAAUCACUUUACGAUAGUCCAUGCUGGUCCGCCUGAGGACGUGGUACUAAGGAGGCCGAGGCCAGUUGAUGAUAUUGAUGACAAUGACAAUGCGGUGGCCUCGCCUACGCCUUUGAGGCACAUGGCGGGAAUAAGGCUGCCUUCAAUACCGGAAAGGGCAUCAAGACAGAUGGCUUUGACGGGCGAUUUUCCUGCUAAUAUGAUUGGGGGGAUUAUUGAGUGUGAAGAACCUUUACCUGCAGGUUGGGAAGCUCGCAUGGACAGUCAUGGGCGAGUGUUCUACAUCGACCACAUCAAUAGGACAACGACGUGGCAGAGGCCUGGCGUCAAUGGAACCACCCCGAGGUCACCUGCUCCUGAAGUUCAGAGGCGGCAGUUAGAUCGACGGUACCAAUCAAUCCGUCGUACAAUGACGCGCACACAGCUAUCAGAGGAGGACGCGCCCCCCUCCCCCGCGCACCCCUCCAGCUCCCGCGCCCCCGACUCGCGACCCGACUCCCGCGCGGAUACGCCAAGAGUGAAUGACACGUCACAUGUGCCGCAUCCAGCUGCCUUCUUCCUUGCUAGGCCUGAUUUCUACUCUAUAUUGCAUAUGAACCAGGAAGCAUCCCUCCUCUACAACGGCAACUCCACCCUGAAGCACAUGAUAUCUAAAAUCCGACGGGACACCACAUCAUUCGAGCGAUACCAACAUAAUCGUGAUCUGGUCGCUCUAGUCAACAUGUUCAGUGAGUCUGAUAGAGAACUGCCGCUGGGGUGGGACACCAAGCUCGAUAGGAAUGGGAAGCGUUUCUUCGUGGACCACGUGAUGCGUCGCACGACGUUCAUCGACCCGCGCGUGCCGCGCACGGCGGCGGCGGGCCCGUUCUCGCCGCUGCUGCCGCAGCGCCGGCGCCCCGCUAUCGAACCUCCUCCGGCACCAACCCCCCCUCCGAGGCCGCCAGUUUCGGCUGCGGACGCGCAAGUACUUAACACGCACCAAGAGAUACCUGUUGCUUAUAAUGACAAGGUGGUAGCAUUCCUCCGUCAGCCGAACAUAAUGUCUAUCCUCCGGGAGCGCUGCGGCGGCUGCGGCGGUGCUCUGCGGGAGAAGGUGAACAGCGUGCGCGUGGAGGGAGCCGCCGCACUCUGCCGCUACCAGAACGAUGUGCAGCUAACCUGCUUACUCAGCCUGUUCGAGCAGGAGAUUAUGAGCUAUGUGCCGGCGGGCGGGUGCUCCGUAGCCGCGGGCUCGGCGGGCGCUUCGCCCUCGCCAGCCGCGUCGCCGGCCGCCGCGCGCAGCACGCGAGCGCCUGCUCCCCAACGCAGGGACUUCGAGGCUAAGCUCCGAGCGUUCUACAGGAAGCUUGAGAGCAAAGGCUAUGGACAAGGGCCUGGCAAAUUAAAACUCCACAUUCGCCGCGAACAUCUCCUAGAAGACGCGUUCAGAAGAAUCAUGUCGUGCGGCAAGAAGGAACUGCAGAAGGGCAAGCUCUGUGUCCUCUGGGACGGAGAAGAAGGCCUGGACUACGGCGGGCCCAGUCGAGAGUUCUUCUUUCUGCUGUCGAGAGAACUCUUCAACCCUUACUAUGGACUCUUCGAGUAUUCUGCGAACGAUACAUACACGGUGCACGUUUCACCGAUGUCGGCGUUUGUCGAUAAUCAUCAUGAAUGGUUCCGUUUCUCCGGUCGCGUGCUGGGGCUAGCGCUAGUGCACGGCUACCUCCUCGAGGCGUGGUUCACGCGAGCUCUGUACCGCGCGCUGCUGCGGUUGCCGCCCGCGCUAGAAGAUGUGGAUGCCUUGGACGCGCAGUUCGCUGCCUCGUUGCGAUGGUUACAGUCAGCGCGUUGCGUGUCAUCGCUGGAGCUGACAUUCGCGGUAUCAGAGCGGCUCGCGGACGGGCGGGUGCUGGAGCGGGAGCUGCGGCCGGGCGGGCGCGAGCUGGCGGUGACGGAGCGCAACAAGAAGGACUACCUCGAGCGCCUCGUGCGCUGGCGCUGCACGCGCGGCGUCGCCGACCAGACCGAGUGGCUCGUCCGCGGCUUCCAUGAGGUGGUAGACCCGCGACUGGUGGCCGCGUUCGACGCGCGAGAACUAGAGCUGGUGAUAGCCGGCGCUCCAGAGCUGGACGUGGCCGACUGGCGGAACAACACGGAGUACCGCGGCGGCUACCACGACGCUCAUCCCGUCAUCAUCUGGUUCUGGCAGGCCAUUGACAGGUUCACGAACGAGCAGCGUCUGCGGCUGGUGCAGUUCGUGACGGGAACAUCGUCGAUACCGUACGAGGGAUUCUCGGCGCUGCGCGGCUCGACGGGCCCGCGGCGCUUCUGCAUCGAGCGCUGGGGCCGCGUGGAGUCGCUGCCACGUGCUCACACCUGCUUCAACCGCCUCGACCUGCCGCCCUACCCCACGCCGCACCUACUCCACGAGAAACUACUGCUUGCAGUCGAAGAGACCAACACCUUCGGCAUCGAGUGAACUCGUCAGCUGCACGACUGUAGCCGAGUCAAUGCCUACCUGCGUCGCGCUCUCCGCUCGGUUUAUGAAUGUUACAUUAUUCCGCGCGUCACCCAGAGCGCUUCUGUAAUUUUAUACGCUUUUCCAUGAUCCUGGAAACCAACACCGGCCCUAUCUUAUCUUGGCCAUAACGUUACCAUUUUUUUUGUGGUAUGAUUAGUUAUCUGGCCCGUUACGAUACCCAUGAUAAAACCAUUUUUAACCGCAUGGUUUUAUUUUGCAAUCAAAGAUGAAAAUUAGAAAUAUUACAUACACAAUAUGUAGAAGUUUUCUGUAUCCUUGAAAUUAACACAAAUUGUACUUGCAAUUAAGUUUAUUCGACCAGAGUUGAGUUUACUCUAGUAUUGAAAAUACUUUGCAGCUGUAAAUAAUUGUGACUAACUACAAGUAUUGUUGUCAAUGUAUAUAAUAGUCAAUUGAUAGUGUAAUGGACAAACAAAGAUAGGAAUAUUUUAGCAGUGUAUAAAUGAACAUGUUGUAGAUGUGCCUAGGUAUUUAUUAUCAUAACUGGCCACGUAUCCUACGAGGUUUGUACUUUAUUAUCGCUUUUAUUAUAAGUGAACGUAUAUUGUGGCUGUGAAACGGGACUCAAGUCCUGUGUUUAGUAAAUACGCUUUUACGUCACUAAUUUAAUAAUAUUAUUUGUAACCUUUAUCACCCUUGAUAAGGACAGUUAAUUUUAAAUUAUAGCAGAACCUCGGAUGUAUUAUUUUAGUUGUGUAACUUUGAUUAUUCAUGGAAACUAAACCAUAAAGUUGACGCAACUUACCUGCUAAUAUAAUUUA